AUGGCCCGCGGCGCGGCGGAUUGCACUGGCGACGCGCGGCUGCUGCUUGGCCGGGACGCGCUGAGGCCGGCGCCGGCGCUGCUGGUCCCCGCCGUGCUGCUGGGCGCCGCGAUCGGCGUGGGCCUCGGCCUCUGGGUCGGCUGCCGCGCUGGCCGCCAGCGUCCGCGGCACCAGAAAGACGACGCUCACAGUCUGCUCGAGAAUUUGGAGUGUAACGUACAGACCCCCUCGGAAACCGGCUCCCCGUCAAGGAGGCGGAAGAGAGAAGCGCAGACGUCAAGGGAUGAGGACGCUCUGGACGAGUGUGAGCCUCCUUCCAAAAGCAACGUCGCUGCAUUUGCACUGAAGGCAAAGGUCGUCUACCCCAUCAAUCAGAAGUUCCGGCCUCUGGCCGACGGGUCCUCCAACCCAUCCCUGCAUGAGAACUUAAAGCAAGCCGUCCUGCCGCACCAGCCAGUGGAGGCCUCCCCUUCCAGCAGCCUGGGGAGCCUGAGCCAGGCUGAGAAGGACGACUGCAGCUCCUCGUCCAGCAUCCACUCGGCCACCAGCGACGAUAGGUUUCUCAGCCGCACCUUCCUCCGGGUGAACACCUUUCCGGAGGUGCUGGCCUCUGAGAGUGUGGACAUCGACCUGUGUGUCUACCACCUUCACUUAAAAGAUCUGCUGCGUUUGGACACAGCGCUGAGACAGGAAAAGCACAUGAUGUUUAUUCAGAUUUUUAAAAUGUGCCUCCUUGACCUUCUUCCUAAAAAGAAGUCUGAUGAUGAAUUAUACCAGAAGAUUCUUUCAAAACAAGAAAACGAUUUGGAGGAGUUAGAAAAGGGACUUCAGGUCAAGCUGUCAAACAUGGAGAUGUUGGGUGCCGGUGACUCGGAAUACUUUGCCCUGGCCGACGAGGAAAGGAAGGAGAGAGAGUGUUCGGAGCAGCUGAUGGACAAUAUGGAAGCUUUCUGGAAACAGAUGGAAAACAUCCAGCACUUUCUUGUGGACCAAUUUAAGUGUUCCAGCUCCAAAGCCCGACAGCUCACGAUGACUCUCAUGGAAAGAAUGAUCGCAGCCGAAGGGCUGCUGCGCGACUCCCAGGAUCUGCAGGCGCUGGAUACCCUGGAGAGAACGAUGGGGCGGGCACACAUGGCAAAAGCAAUCGAAUCCCUGCGGCUGCAGAUCCAGGAGGAGACCAGGUGCCGCCUGGCCGCCAUUUCCCGCGGCCUGGAGCAGCUGGCAGCAGAGGGGAAGCUGUCCGGGCGGCAGAAGGAGGAGCUGCUGACCCAGCAGCACAAGGCCUUCUGGCAGGAGGCAGAGCGCUUUGGCAGGGAGUUUGUCCAGCAAGGCAAAGACCUGGUCCAGGCAUCUCUGGCUCACCAGGUGGAGGAGACGGCAAAGCUCACACUGGCCCAAAAAGAGGAACAGAGAAGCCUCCUGGCUGAGGCCCAGCUGACCACUGACCCAGAGAAGUUCCUCCAGGCUUUCCACGAGGUCCUGGAGAGGCAGAGGCUGACUCUGUGGGACCUGGAGUCGGAGGAGGACAUCAGAACCACUGAAGCCCUGGCUGCACUCUGUCAGGAACUAUACUGCAGCACCAUAGACACUUUCCAGAAGUUUGCGGACGUCCUGUUCCUUGAAAGGCUCCCGGGCGUGACUGGCCUCCCCCGGGGGGCGUGUGACUACUUGAGACAGGAGGUGCGGGAGGACGCCGCCCGGCAGCUGGGGGAGUCGGAGCGUUUCCGGAGGCAGCAGUGGCAACUCUUCCAGGAGCUCCUGCAGCAGGAACAGCAGGUGUGGAUGGAGGAGUGUGCUCUGUCUGCUGUGCUGCGGACACACCUGCAGGAAGACCACGAGAGCACCGUGCGCGGAGUCCUGGGCCGACUUGGCGGCCUCACUGAAGAGUCGGCACAGCGCAUCCUGCAGGGCCACAACCUGCUGCUGCGCUCGGCCCUCCGGAGGCUGGAUCUCCGCGGCAGCUCGCUCGCCAGCCUGGCGCAGAUGAGGCUGUCGGGGAAGAAGCGCCUCCUCCACGAGCUGCGUGAGCAGCGCGCCCUGGAGCAGGCGUCCGCCCAGUGCCUGGACGAACACCAGUGGCAGCUGCUCAAAGCCCUGGAGGCGCGUGUCCUGGAGGAGGCUGGCAGGCUGGAGGAGGAGGCGCAGCAGACACGGCUGCAGCUCCAGCAGCAGCUCCUGGCUGAGGCCCAGGAGGUCGGGCAGCGGCUGCAGCAACACACGGAGCAUGCCAUUGGUCAGGCACUGCUGGGGUAUGCACGCAACGUGGCCACCAAGAGCCAGGCCAAGGACAGGGAUGACUUCAAGAGGACGCUGGUGGAGGCGGCAGUGGAGAGCGUCUACGUGACCAGCACCGGCAUCAGCCGCCUCGUGCAGACGUACAACCAGCGAAUAGGGAAGAUCGUGCAGGACCACAGGGAGAGAAAACUGCAGCACCUGAAGGCCCUGCAGGGUGAGAGGGUAGAAAAUCACAAGCUGCGGAAACAGCAAGAGCACGGCGGCCCUUCGUCGGGGAGCAGGCUGGCAGGUGGAACUCUCGGGGCCUCCCAGGCUGUCCACCAGAGGAUGCUGUCGCAGCAAAAGCGGUUCCUGGCCGAGUUCCCUGCGCACCAGCAGAUGCGCCUGGACGCCCGGAAGCAGCAGGCGAGAGCUAUGGAACUUCUGGAAACCCAGCUCGAGACCCAGCUGCAGGAAGCUGAGCAGAACUUUAUCUCUGAGCUGGCGGCGCUGGCCCGGGUGCCCCUUGCUGAGAGCAAACUGUUCCCCAGUAAGCGCGGGCUGCCGGAGAAGCUCCUAAGGACCAAAAGGAAGAAGCCCCUGUCCAGGGAGAGGGCCGACCCAGGGGUGCCCAACGAUGAGGACCCUGCCUCCGGGGACCACACUUCAGGAUCGCUCAGCAAAAGGCUGAGUCAGCAGGAAAGUGACGUUGGUGACGGUGAGAACUCAAAGAAGACGCUCAAGAGAAGGAGCAAUCUGUAGUUUCGGACCAGUGUGGGGGACCGAACCUGAAGCCCUGGGUCUGGACGCCCUGUGGACACCGCCUCCCCCGCCACAGCCGUGAGAGACCGAAGAGGGAGGGCUCGUGGGUCUCUGCUCGGCCUCACUGCCCCGUCGUGCCAGGGGUGGGCAAGGAAGCUGGAAGGCAUGGCGGGGUACGGCAGGCCCCGUGGCCCGAGAACAGUGGGAGCCGGCGUUGGAGACGCGGUGUCGGAGAUGCGGGUGCGAGUUUGCGUCUCGUUUGGCUCUGAGCCCUGGCUCGGGUCCUCAAGGGUCUCAGUCUUCCGCGGAGCUGCCCCCUUCCCCGGCUCUCCUCCCCCCCGUGCCCCAGCCCCAGCCCCUGGUCCGGAUGCCUCCGAGCCUGCCUUCCCUGAGCUCGAGGUGCUCUCACUACGGCUUCGGGGCCCUCUGCCCCCAGCAUCUCCGAGAAGUGCUGCCAGGGAGGGGCCUCUCGCAGCGCAGGUGUUUCUGAUCUGAGGCCUUCGUCUCUGCCACCUCCAGCGCCCCAUCCUCUCCCUCCCACGCACCCUGGCCGUUGGCGGCCACAGCAUUCUCGUCGGACCCGUUCCCGGCUUUGUGUUUCCCUGCCUGUUGGCGCAGCUGGCAGCUGAGGCCUGGUCACCAUAGGGGCGUCUGAUUCUGAGGGCCUGAUGACCCUGACGAGGGAAUCCCUGGCCCGGAGUCCUGUCCUGACCCACGGGAGCUGAGGAGCCACAGGUACAUGGCGGCGCUGCGGCAGCGUCUUCUCUGGGAGGCACUUAGAGUGCGUGGAAGGGAGCCCGUGCCCGGCCACAGCGACACCUGGGGGUGGGUCCUUUGACUGGGCAGCAGCUCCUCCCUGGAGGAGUCAUGUCCCUGGGGGCACCUGCUUCUCCUGAUGGAUGAGAGAACAUCCAGAAGCUUCCAGACCAGCCACACAUAAUCCGCAGCCAGGAGAGGCCUUCCCCAUCUGGAGAGAAAAUUACUCUUUUCGUUGAAAUCAGGGAUUCUCAACUCCAGCACUGUGGACAUUUGGGUGAGAUAAUUCUGUCGGAGGGAAGGACCUGUCCUGUGCAUAACGGGAUGUUUGGCAGCAUCCCCACGAGAUGCCGGCAGCAUCCUCCACCAGUCACGGCAACCAAAAAUGUCUCCAGACAUUGCCCAGUGUCCUCGGGGGUGUCGCCUGCUGACCAGAGUCGAAGCCUGCCCCGGUCAAGUCUAG